CAAAUCACUCGUUGCUAUCUCUUAGUGCAGAAGUGCAUCCAAGUUUUGUUCUAACAGUUACUCCGUGCAAUUAAAAACCAACCGUCGUAAUGAAGUCCUUCAUUGCUCUAUUCGUCAUCCUCGCCAUUGCCGCUGUCUAUGGAGCUGAAGAGGCCAAGACUACUGAGAAGCGCGGAAUUUACGGAGGCCUAGGCUACGGUUAUGGAGGCUAUGGCGGAGGUUAUGGUGGUUUAGGCCAUGGAUACUACGGCGGACUGGGUAGUUUCGGAGCAGGCUACCACGGGCUGUCCGGUUACCACGGUGGAUACUACGGUGGUUACCCAGCAGGUGGCGCCGGAUACCUCGGCCAUGGCGGUUACUAUGGCGGUUUCGGAGGAUACCCAUACGGCGGUUUCGGAUACGGACUGCACUAAUUCCGAUUGCAGUAACUGCGACAUGGUUCCCAAAACAAGGCUGUUCCUUUUCUCCCACCCAAUUUACUAUGAGGCGAAGACUUUCAAACAUCGAAAAGCAAUGUGUGUUCUGUUUCGACUAACGAAAAAUUGACGAAUAAUUACUGGUAUUUUAUUUUGUGUUUACUAUAUCAUAUACUCAACUGAAACGAUACACUGUCAGUGAAUAGUGUUUCAAAAUUGCUGUGUGUAAAUAAUUUGAGAUAAUACAACUCUUCCGUACUUUACUUUUACUCUAGUAUGUAGAUUGUGUACAGUACAAUAAAUUUUUAAAAAGACGACUAAAA